AUGGUUUUACCAGAUUACCUUUCGAAUGCCGCUGGACAUGGAGACGUCGCUCCGAUCGAGGCGUGGCUUAACGAGGGGAACGACGUGAAUGAGCGCGGUGGACGGGGACAUACCAUGCUCCUCAUUUGUGCGGGUACCCCGCACACCCGUACCAGGUCACACGUUGAUUUGGCCCGGUUGCUGAUAAAGCACGGGGCGGACGUCAACAUCUGUGCAGAAGAACAGCCACCUGCAUUGGGCCUCUCCCCGCUGCAUUACGCCUGCGACCGAUUAGUUGAUCAUUCCGCGGACAUGGUCGCGUUGCUCCUGGACGCAAAAGCCAAUGUGCACUGCAGAGCACAACCGAACCCCGAGGAUGCCUCAUACCCGGCCGAUACUCCACUCGGCAUGACACUUUUGGGCUUUCCGAACGAAGGGUCCUCGGAAGAACGUUUUACAAUUAUAUAUCGCAUAACCACGUUGUUGCUGCGCGCGGGGGCUUCGUUGGAUGCCGUCUCCGACGAAAGGACGGCUGAGAUGGAACUUCGGGCAGCUGAGGAGGCGAAUCCUGCUCUGCGCGACAGCGACACCUUCGUCCAGGUCAAGGCCCUGAUUAACGGCGUCCGCGCCGCGGGAAGCUGGAAGGCGUUCUGCCGCCAAGAUCACAAAAGAAUCUUGCGCCUGCGAAGCCUCAUCACCCGGGGCCGCGCGCGCGAGCGCCUCGCGGCGACGCCAGCGAUCAAGUUCAUCCUCCGCCGGGCCGACAACGGCGUCCUGUGGACCAUCCUGUCCUUCUGGCAGGCAACGAACUAA